UAGGCAUUAGGGGUGGAGAAGCCUGAGCUGAAGCUUUUGCCUCCACAAUCCACAAUCUUCUUGUCUCCUCUCUUUCCAGUUCUUCUCUCCUCUCCUCUGUGGACUCCUGCUGCUUCUUGGAGGUCUCCACUUGGUUAAAUGAUGGGAUUAGGCGCUGGUCUCGGCAUGGAAGCUACGAGCUGUGGUGCUUUGCUCAGGGAGCUUCAGCAAAUCUGGGCAGAGGUAGGGGAAAGUGAGGGCGAGAAGAACAAGGUUUUGUCAGAGAUCGAAAGAGAAUGCUUGGAAGUGUACCGCAGGAAGGUGGACGAUGCCAAUCGGACUAGGGUCCAGCUGCAUCAGUCUGUGGCCACCAAAGAAGCUGAAGUUGCAUCCCUAAUUGCUACUCUAGGGGAGCAUAAGCUGUAUUUGAAGAAAGAUAAGAGUGUUGUUCCACUCAAAGGUCAACUUGAGGCCAUCGUUCCAGUACUUGAGACCUUAAAAAGAAAGAAAGAAGAGAGGAUCAAGCAGUUUUCUGAUAUUCAAUCACAGAUUGAGAAGAUUCUCUCGGAGUUAAGUGAAUAUAGUGAUAAUGAUACCAAGGCAAAUGGUGUUAUCGUCGAUGAAAAUGAUUUAUCAACAAGGAAGCUUAAUAAUUACCAAACGCAGCUUCGCACCCUUCAGAAAGAAAAGUCUGAUCGCCUUCACAAAGUUCUGGAGUAUGUAAAUGAAGUGCAUUGUUUGUGUGGAGUACUCGGGAUUGAUUUUGGAAAGACUGUAAAUGAAGUUCAUCCCAGUUUACAUCAGAAUGGUCUUGAGCAAUCCACAAACAUCAGCUACAGCACACUGGAAGGUCUUGAUAGGACAAUAACAAAUCUAAAAGCAGAACGAAAAUCUAGAAUCGAUAAGAUGAGAGAGACAAUGGAAUCAUUGUGUCAACUCUGGAAGAUAAUGGACUCGUCUGAAGAAGAGAAAAGACAAUUUAACAAAGUGAUGAGUGUUCUCAUAUCAUCAGAAGAGGAAAUCUCAUCCCCUGGUGUUCUCUCACAGGAAACAAUUGAAAAGAUGGGUGCUGAGGUUGAGAGGUUAACAAAACUUAAAGCUAGAAGAUUAAAAGAAAUUUUCAUGAAGAAGAGGUUAGAAUUAGAAGAGAUAUGCAAAACUGCACACAUAGAACCUGAUGCCAGUACAGCCCCUGAGCAAACUAAUGAAAUGAUUGAUUCUGGCAUGCUUGACCCUUCUGAGCUUCUAGCAAAUAUCGAAUCACAAAUAUUGAAAGCAAAAGAAGAAUCCCUUAGCAGAAAAGAUAUUAUGGACAGGAUAGAUAAAUGGAUUGCUGCUUGUGAUGAAGAGGCUUGGCUUGAAGAAUACAACCAGGACUCAAAGAGGUACAGUGCUGGAAGGGGUGCUCACAUAAACCUAAGAAGGGCAGAGAAGGCACGGAUUUUGGUGACCAAAAUCCCAGCUAUGGUGGAUAAUCUGAUAAAUCGAACAUUUGCUUGGGAAAGUGCACGAAACAAGCCCUUCCUCUAUGAUGGGGGGCGUCUAAUAUCUGUUCUAGAAGAAUACAGACUAAACAGGGAGCAGAAAGAAGAGGAAAAGAGGAGAUACCGGGACCAGAAGAAGUUGGAGACCAUCCUACUCAAAGAGAAAGAAGCUAUUUUUGGAUCUAAAGGAAGCCCAAAGAGGGCAGUCAGCUUAAAUAGAAGGACAAAUGGGUACCGUUCGAGUGGAAAUGCCAGUGGACUAAUGACUCCAAAUCCUCGGCGAUCAUCUCUUGGUGGUGCUACUCCUGAGCUUUUGACGCCCAGGUCGUAUUCUGGUCAGCACAAUAGAUACUUUGGUGACUCGAGGUCAAGGAGGCUAUCAGCUACUCAAUUGAACUUCGGUGACGACUCAUUAUCCACAUUUACAUCCAUUAGCGGUUCUGAACCAGAAUCCCCUUCUUUGGGAUGAAUUCAGUAAUGCCGGUCAAUUUGUUGGUCUUAUUGCCAAGUGAUCACCACUGUAAAUGGAGCACUAUGCUACGAGUUUCUUGCAUUUCUAUGUACAUUACUGAUGUCUUGUAUUUAGCUGGUAUUGACUUGUGUAAGCACUGGAUUGGUUGACUUGGUUUGGGUUUGGAGUUGAUGUUUUGAGUUGAUGGCUUUGUAGACUGACAGUUAGGUGAAAGAUACAGGAAGUGAUUUUGGUUGGGGGCAGUCACAUGUACCAUAUCAAAAUUUAUGUGAUUGGCUUGUCUAAUUAUGUACUUUAUGUGUUCCAACCAUGCACAAGCACAACUAGCUU